AUGGCAUCGUUUGUCUACUACAAGUUUAAGGCACAAAGAGAAGGGUCGAAGAUUUCAUUUGACGGCACUGGAAUCUCCGUUUUCGACCUCAAGAAGGAAAUAAUUCUAGCCAACAAUCUCAAAUCCAAUGACUUUGAUCUAUUGCUAUUUGAUCCAAGUAAUGACCAAGAAUACAACGAUGACACUCAUGUAAUCCCUCGGUCUUCGUCUGUUGUUGCAAAACGUGUCCCCGCCGCGAAACCCGGAAAGGGUAGAGGUAUACUGUACAUUACUGGUGGUUUAUCUACGGCCACUCCACCCGCCGAAAACGGAGCUGGUAGAGAUAAACAGACAGGAGCGAAUCUAAUAAAAGCUCGAGUCGGUACAGGCGCAAUUUCUGCUCGUUUCGACGGCAAGGAGGAGCCGUCGGACGCCCGGGCUUCGACCCCGCAGCCACUUGGGUCGUCCGCCGAAAAUGACGAGGCGGCAGCGAUGGCUGCCAUGUUUAAGGCGCAGACGAAUGUUUGGGAAGAGACACAGGAGAAGAUGUCGCAUGCUGUUCCCGUAUAUAAUAGCAGAGGGAUAGGACGUGGUGCUAAGACCUUCGUUAGCCGUCAAUCGUAUCAUCAAUCAGACCGUCCACUCCCGCCGAGUUACGUAUGUUACCGUUGCGGGCAAAAAGGGCAUUGGAUACAUGAUUGUCCAACGAAUGAUAACAAGGAUUACGACAACAGGCCACGAAUCAAGCGAACAACCGGUAUCCCGCGCAGCUUUCUCAAAGCUGUCGACUCACCGUCGGAGGGCAAGCUCGCUCCUGGAGUCAUGGUCACGCCUGAAGGUGGUUAUGUGGUUGCCCAACCAGAUCUCGCAUCAUGGCAAAAGCAAGUCGCCCGGUUAAAAAGCAUGACACCCGCCGAAGUUCGCGAGAGACCACCCACAGACACCGCCCUCGCAUGUCCCAUAGAUGGCAAACUAUUCUUGGAAGCUGCAAAGACACCUUGCUGUGGUACAAUUUACUGCGAAGAAUGUAUACAUUCUUAUUUACUUGAGAACGAUUUUAUCUGUCCGAAAUGCUCGAAAAAGAUUCCCUCGCUGGAUAGUCUUCUUGUUGACAAGCCAAUGCGAACGAGAGUGGGAGAUUAUAUUGACAGGGUGAUUAAGGAGAAUAAUGAGGCACAGGCUGCUGCUCUGAAAGCGGCGGAGAAUAAGGAGGAGUCGAAAGAUGAAAACGCAGCGGAGAAUGACGACGACAUACAUUUCGAUGAACAACCCGGAGCCAACUUUGACAUCUCCCAACUCGUCAACGAGACCAUCCCCCAACUCCAAGGUCAAGUAACUCAACUUUCCACCAUGUUGCAGAACCCAUCACUGCCUCCUGCAGUCCGUCAAUCAACCGCUCGUCAACUCCAGCAAACCCAAAUGGAGUUACAGCAGGCACAGGCCUUCGCGGCGUUGGCAGCAGACAUGUCAGCCGCCGUAGCAGCGCAGCAGGAAGCCGCUAACGCUGCAGCGCAAGGAUUUCAACAACAAAACGCAUGGCAGCCUGCACCUGUCGUACCUUUCCCUAACCCACAGCAGCAGCAACCAGGUCUAGAUUCUGCUUAUCAGCGAUUACCAGCUAACAUUAGACGUCGUGGUAAUAAAAGAGAACGGCCUUCCGAUUUCUUGGAAAUUGGUACUGGGGAACCGCAGGUGAAAAUGCCAAAGUUUUGGGAGUAG